UCGGAUCGGCGUUGGCGCUCUUUUGCUUCCUUUUCUUUCAUUUGCUCUUUCAAUUACAGAAAAUGGCCUCCGAAGAGUUGGUGACUGAGCAAUUUAAAUUUUUUGGCAUAAACGUUGAACAAGAUGUUUUAAUAAAAUGUUGUUUCACGAACCAUUUUUCCAAAGGUGUAAAUUUGUGUGAAGAGAACAAUAUUGAUGCUGAAACUUUUAUCGAACAAUGGAUGGCAUUCAGUUUGAAUUAUGUAAACGGUGCUUCACCAAACUUGGAAAACUUAGAUUUAUUCGUAAGAAAGGAAUUUUCCAAGCGCCGAACUAACGCGUCCGCUAAAGAAACCACACGACCAGCUGCCGGUAAAAGUCUUACCGUUUAUGGAGCAAAAGCCACUUCGCCUCCAGACAGUGAAGUACUAUCAAGUUAUGUUGCCGUAACGCCCAAGAGAGUCAAAAUCGAAAAAGACGCGACGACAAAUCAGAAUGACAUAGUUCCUGCAACUUAUUCACCGACCGUCGGUUCAGCGAAGUACGCGUCGAGAACAAACGCAGGCACGGUGGUCCAUUCUUAUGGAGAUGAGAAAUUACUACAAGAAUUAGGUAAAGCGAACAGCUCGAAUGAUGUGCUCAGUUUGAAAAUCACGCAAGUGCCUAAUGACGAUGACGAAGUUUACACAAAGGCGAUGUUGGGUUUUGAACUUCUCCACGAAAAAGCCAGUACGUUUGAUAAUCACAUUCGAUACAUAUCGCAGUACAUAAUGAAGAAGGCGGGUGUAAAGGAAAGUACCUCAGUUAGACACAAAACACAGACAAACGUAUACGUUGCUGGACGUAUAGAAUGUGAUGCAGAUGCGAGGUUAAAUGCAAAAUGUGUGGUGCUUCAAGGUACGUGGGAGGAGUCACUCAGUCAGUCGGUACCGGUGGACUUUGACAAUGUAUAUCAGUAUUCCUUAUUCCCUGGUCAAGUGGUGGUGCUGCGCGGAAUAAAUCCCCGCGGUGAUAGGUUCAUAGCACAAGAAGUUUAUUGUGACGCAAUCCAACAAUUACCUGACCAUAAGUUCGAUAUAGCCGGUAAAUUGUCGAUGGUCGCUGUGGCGGGCCCGUACACGACGUCGGACAACAUGGCCUACGAACCUCUCAAGGACAUGGUGACGUACAUAAACACGCACAAACCGCACGUAGUCAUAAUGACGGGGCCGUUUAUUGACAGUGAACACUCCAAAGUCAAAGACAAUACGAUGGCCGAGACUUUUAGCUCGUUGUUUGGGAAAAUUCUCGAUAGUCUGGGAGAAUUAAGCAACACGAGUCCGAUCACGAAAAUCUACAUCGUAUCAAAUUUUAAGGAUGCUUUUCAUGUCAAUGUCUACCCCACGCCGCCGUACGUGAGCCGAAGGAAAUACCCCAACAUACAUUUUAUACCGGAUCCCUGCACUCUUACCAUUAAUGGUAUCCACGUGGGAGUCACUAGUACAGAUGUCCUCAUGCACAUUAGCCAGGAAGAAAUAUCACUAGGCACCGGCGGCGACAAGCUGUCCCGCUUAGCGAGCCACGUGCUGUCGCAGCAGACGUACUACCCGCUGUGUCCGGCGCCCGUCCCGCUGGACACCGUUCUGUGGGACGCGCACACACAGCUUCAGUCAUCUCCGCAUCUGCUCGUACUGCCCUCCAAUUUCAGAUAUUUUGUUAAGGAUGUCAACGGAUGUGUAGUUGUCAAUCCAGAACAUUUGACAAAAGGCACCGGCGGAGGGACCUUCACUCGUGUAUUAAUCGAUAGCGACAACGCCACGAAACGAAUUGCAGCACAAAUUGUCCGCAUUUAAUGUAAAAGCAUUCCAUUGCACCUAACGAACUGACCUAGUGAGAUAUAUUAAAAUAAGUUUUAUUUUUCGAAAAA